UAUAAAAACAGCCCUAAGAGAGUUGAGAGCCUGAAGAUCAAUCCCGCUCGCCACAGUGCUCCUGCUGGGAGCACGUGGUAUCUAUCCCUCGGCUUGUUCCAGGAGAGGCUCUUCCACUGAGUGAGAAAAAAGGAAAAUCUGUGAACUGCCUACCCGGAGACAGCUUUCCCGAUCAUGCCAGCCCAGAGUUUUAGUGCAGCUGGGGCCACCGUGCUUAUCCUUUUCUUAAAGGUGCAAACCUCUGUACCAGCACCACUUAAUGGAUCAAAGUGGACCUAUGGUGGUGAUGAUGGGGAGAAAGCCUGGCCAAAGUCUUUCCCUUCCUGUGGAGGAAUGUUCCAGUCUCCCAUAGAUUUUCACAGUGACAUCCUUCAAUACGAUUCUACUCUCUCAUCAUUAGUGUUAGAAGGUUACAAUAUAUCUUCCAAUGAGGAGUUUUCUCUGACUAAUAACGGACAUUCAGUGAAAUUAGAACUGCCUGCAAAUAUGUACAUUAAAGGCCUGGGUCCCAAAUACAGAGCAACAGAAAUUCACCUCCAUUGGGGCAAUCAAAAUAACCCCCAUGGCUCUGAGCACACAGUUGAGGGAAAGCAUUUUGCAGCUGAGUUACAUAUUGUCCAUUAUAACUCAGACAAAUACCCUGAUAUAUCCACAGCCAAGGACAAAUCAGAAGGACUAGCUGUUCUGGCUGUUCUUAUUGAGAUAGGUUCCUUCAAUCCUUCCUUUGACAAGAUCUUCAGCCACCUUCAGGAUGUUAAAUACAAAGAUCAGAAAGUUAAAAUUCCAAGUUUUAAUAUUCAAGACCUUCUUCCUCCGAAUUUAGAUGAAUAUUACCGCUACCAAGGAUCUCUGACCACUCCUCCUUGUUUCCCCACUGUGCUCUGGACAGUCUUCCGAAAUCCUGUUCAAAUCUCCCAGGAACAGCUUCUGGCUCUGGAGACAGCUCUGUAUUGCACCCAUAUAGAUGAUCCCUCACCUCUGGAAAUGAUCAACAAUUUCCGAAGAGUGCAAAAGUUUGAUGAAAGGCUUGUACGUGUCUCCUUCCACCAAGAGCAAGACUUUUCCUACGCAGGACUGAGUAUGGGAGUCAUCCUCUCUGUGGCAAUAGCUGGUGUUUUAGGUGUUUCGGUCAUCCUUGCACUAUCAAUUUGGCUUCUCCGACGAAAGAAGAGCAAGAAAGAAGAAAACAAAGGAGUGAUUUACAAACCUGCUGUCAAGAAGGAGGCUGAUAUCAAUCCCUGAGAACUCUCGACCUCCUUUGAGUCCCUCAUCCAAGGAAAGCUCCUUUGCCUGGGACAAUCUGGAGCCACCAGGCGUUCUCCAGAGCACACCAACCCAACACUCCCACUGGUCUUGUUAUUUUUAUUUGACUUAGGUCAUCCCCUUAUGUUUUUCAUUCUUUGUACCUUCAAUAGGAAGAGUUUUCCUAUCAGGAAGAACGAAUGCUGAGCCAUUUGGUCACUCAAGGCAAGACACUGAAAUGAUCUGGAUUCUCAGGAGCAGAGCUGGUUAGCUAGAUUAGCCCAACCACGUUCUGCUAAGGAAUCUCUCCAAUACCUUAAGGAUAAUUGUAUAGGGUCACUAGGCCAUGUAUCAAGGACUUACAUAUCAUGCUAUGCUCUUGCCAUCUAUUUUUAAAAAUAGAAUAAUAAUAGAGUAAUUAGAUUUUCUCUCUCUCUCUCUCUCUCUCUCUCUCUCUCUCUCUCUCUCUCUCUUUUUACUACCUUUCCCCUUAAUUACCUGCAUAGAAUUCAAAAGUAUUAAAAUUAAAGUCCUAUAAAAGGCAGAAGAUAGAUCCAACCAUAAUCACUAACAACUCUCAUUUUCAUAACCUUUAAAUCUCACGACAAAGAAUGUAUUGUUAGGGAAUGUAUUUGUUCUUUAAAGCUCACUUGUAAGGUCUACAAGCCUCUUAUUAUCAUAGAUCUAGUCCCAUAUCAUAGACCUAGACCAUUUAGUUCCAUCCCCUAAUUUGACAGGUCAGGUAACUGAGGCCCAGGGAAAUGAAGUGAAUUGUACAAAGUUACCCAGGUAGUAAUAGUUUUUAGUAGGAUUGGAACUCAGGUCCUCUGACUUCAGAGCCAGUUCUUUUUCCCCUGUAUUUCUGCUAAGCUAAAAUGAAUGUUCACUUUCAAAGUUUGGUUUGUGGAAAUAAUUUUCCUUCUGGUUAGGAGAGUUGUCUUCCAAUUCACUCCUUUUAAACAAUGGCAAAACAUUUUCACGUAUUAUUGCAAAGAGAAGACCUGGGGCAAGAAAAGUUAUACACUCUUAUGCGAAAGGCAUUUAAAUCAGGGUUGAUCUUGGACGUUAAUGUCUGCAUACUAAUUAAUUGGAGAAUCUUGACUUUUCAGAGUGAAUCACUGAGUCAGAGAUGCUGAUCUUGGGUUUUGACAAUGAUGGUCAAGAUCUAAAUGCUUUUGUAUGUGGGAGGGGAGAGAUGAACUUGGGAUGGACAGUAGUAUUCAACCUAGAGAUUUUAGAUUGCUUGCAAAUUUUCAUGUAAAGUUCUGAGUAUUCAGUUACUUAAAGGCAUUUUCUAAGCUCCUAAAAACUAAAAAUUAGCUAAGUACAGCCCUACCCAGGAUGCUUUUUGGUAAGACAGUGAUGUUUUAUGUUUUUCAGAUUUAAGAAAUAGACAUAUACUUGGACUCUAGAAAGAGAUUAUUAGGAUAAUAGAAAGCUGGCAUCAGGUAGGAUGAUUGCUGUUUCGAUUUUGCAUCUGAUACAAAUAAGUUGUUGAGCCAGAGGAGUAAGUACCCCUCAGAUAACCCUCUAGGACUUCAGAGUGCUUGCAUUGGCAGAGGGUUUCCUCAACAUCAGUUUCUUACACUGAAAUCAAAUAUUCCGAACAAAACCAAAAACAAAAAGAAUUGUUCAAACAGCAGAACAGGGUAGAGGGAGAGGCUGUAAUGUACUAUUGCUGUUUUCCACACCAGAGCAGAAAUGAUAUCAGAGGAUACUGAAAUUAUCUUUGGAUCUUAAGGAAAAAGCAAAAGCAAAGAAUUGGUAGAUUUUUAUGACCACAGCCAGAUGUCAUAUGUCAUUUUGCUUUAGGGAGGGGAAGAUCUAUCUACAACAAACACAUCCAUCAGAAAUAUGAAUGUCCUUUGUAUUCAUGGACUACAGUCAGUUAAUACAUCUGUGAGCAUUUUCUUGAGUGUACCAACUAAAUAUAGUUAUUCCACUUCACAAAGUUCUUUCUGAAGGGCUUGUCCCCUCAUUUUUUUUUCCAUCAGAGUUUUAACAGUAACAGGAAUCUAGUUGCAGAAGCCUAUAUUUAGGAUAAUUCCCCACAUGGGCCCCUCACAUAUUUGAUUCCUAAGACUUCCUUUUUGCUGCUUCCUCCUCACUUGGCUGCCUAUACAAAGCUGAAGGGGUUCUGCUGACCAGUAGGACUUCUUUCUAGGAAGACUCAGGAGUAAUUUCCCAUUCUCCACAGGGCUUGGACAUCUGAUCCCACUGAACAC